UGGCACUUUCCCGCCGAUCCCUUUGACGAUUUUUUUGUCUCUCUGACUCGCAAUCAAGAACCCUCCUUCUUCUUUUUUUUUUUUCUCGGUGAUCGGCAAAACCCUAAAUUCCCUAAUGGAGCUCCGUUCUCGUAAAAGGCUCUCCGGCGCCGAUUCCGAUGGGAUUGAGCAGCGUGAGGAGGGUGGGAAUAGCGAGAGCAGUGGGAGCUCUGAUGAGGAAAUCUAUAUGCCCAUUUCUUCGGAUUCGUCUUCGGCGUCUGAUAGUGAAGGUGAAGAUAACCAACAGAAUGAGGAGGUGACUAUUAACUUAAACGAUAGACCAAAGGGCAAAUGGAAGGAGCCUUUGCGAAAAAAGGGGAAGGUCGAGCAAAAGAAGAAAAGAGAACGACCAAGUUCGGAAGAGGAAGUAGUGGAUUAUGGUAGUUUUGAUGAAUUACAAUUGACUCCACAAAAAGCAGUUGAAAUCGACUUUCUUGGCUUGACAAGGAGAAUCAAGAAAAAGAAGUCAAGAUCUGGUGGGCGAAAGCCAAUUCUAAUGUGGAAUGUCUGGGAAGAGGAGCAUGAUAAAUGGAUUGAUGAGAAUUUAUCAGAAGAUUUUGAUCUCGAUAUUCAGAAUAAUGUGGUAAAUGAAGUUUCUGAGACACCGUCUGAUUUGAUUAUGCCUCUGCUGAGGUAUCAGAAGGAGUGGUUGUCCUGGGCUCUGAGACAGGAAGAGUCUGAAACUAGAGGAGGAAUCCUUGCAGAUGAGAUGGGAAUGGGGAAGACUAUACAAGCGAUUGCACUUGUACUUGCUAAACGGGAGAUCAACUGGACAUGUUAUGAACCAGGAUCCUCUACAGGCUUGCCUCACAUUAAAGGAACCCUUGUAGUUUGUCCUGUGGUUGCUGUAAGCCAGUGGGUAAGUGAGAUAGAGCGCUUUACUUCAAAAGGAAGUACAAAGAUCCUGGUGUAUCAUGGAGCCAAUAGAGAAAAGAGUUCCAAACAGUUCUUGGAGUAUGAUUUUGUCAUUACAACGUACUCCAUUGUUGAGGCUGAUUAUAGGAAGCAUGUGAUGCCUCCCAAAGAAAAGUGCCCAUAUUGUGGGAAGUUGUUUUAUGAGACAAAAAUGUCUAUCCACUUGAAAUACUUUUGUGGGCCUAAUGCUAUCAGAACUGAGAAGCAGUCUAAGCAACAAAGGAAAAAGCAUCUGCCAUCAAAGAAGACAUGCGAGUCUUCUAAAGAAAAGAUCAGUGGAAGUUCGGGCACGAAGAAAGGCGCUCGCAGAAAAGGAUCAAAGCUGGAGAAAGAUGAUGAUAUGGAUUCAGAAGAUGUUGUACGGGACAUGAACAAAAAGAAUUCGGUUUUGCAUGCUGUGAAGUGGAACCGGAUCAUUUUGGAUGAGGCACAUUAUAUAAAAUCUAGGCGUUGCAAUACUGCAAAAGCUGUUCUUGCUUUAGAGUCUACAUAUAAAUGGGCUCUAAGCGGCACACCCCUUCAGAAUCGUGUUGGAGAACUUUACUCAUUGGUCCGCUUCUUGCAAUUAGUCCCAUACUCAUAUUACUUGUGUAAGGACUGUGACUGCAGAACUCUUGAUCAUAGUUCCACACCACAAUGUUCGAAUUGCCCUCAUAGUUCUGUUAGACAUUUUUGUUGGUGGAAUAAAAAUGUGGCCACACCAAUACAAUUAUUUGGAAAUGCAUAUAAUGGAAAAAGAGCCAUGAUAUUGCUAAAACACAAGAUCUUAAAGAACAUAGUGCUGCGACGAACUAAAAAGGGAAGGGCUGCUGACCUUGCACUUCCUCCUCGAAUUGUUUCAUUGAGGAAGGAUACCUUGGAUAUCAAAGAACAAGAUUACUAUGAGUCAUUAUAUACAGAUAGUCAGGCAUUAUUUAACACAUAUGUUGAUGCGGGAACUCUUAUGAAUAAUUAUGCUCACAUCUUUGAUCUUCUCACACGCUUGCGACAGGCUGUUGAUCAUCCUUACCUUGUUGUGUAUUCUGCAACUGCUGCUUUAAGAAAUGGAAACAAGGCUAAUAUUGAUAACACUGAGAAAAUCUGUGGCAUUUGUCAUGAUCCAGCAGAAGAUCAAGUGGUUACUGCUUGUGAACAUGUCUUUUGCAAGGCAUGCUUAAUUGAUUUUUCUGCUUCCCUGGGACAAGUUUCAUGCCCUUCAUGCUCAAAAUUGCUUACUGUGGAUCUGACUACAAGUGUGGGUGCUGGUAAUCAGACUACUAAAACUACCAUCAAGGGUUUUAGAUCCUCAAGCAUUUUGAACAGAAUUCAGCGUGAGAAUUUUCAGACUAGCACAAAAAUAGAGGCUUUGAAAGAAGAAAUCAGAUUCAUGGUUGAAAGAGAUGGUUCUGCAAAGGGAAUUGUUUUUAGCCAGUUCACAUCAUUCUUGGAUCUCAUUCACUACUCCUUGCAAAAGUCGGGUGUCAACUGUGUUCAGUUGGUUGGAAGCAUGACCAUGUCUGCGAGGGAUACUGCUAUAAAGAGAUUCACUGAGGAUCCAGAUUGCAGAAUUUUCUUAAUGAGCUUGAAAGCCGGAGGUGUUGCUCUUAAUCUUACAGUCGCAUCACAUGUUUUCUUGAUGGACCCAUGGUGGAAUCCAGCUGUGGAGCGGCAAGCACAAGAUAGAAUCCACCGGAUAGGGCAGUACAAACCGAUCAGAAUUGUGAGAUUUGUAAUUGAGAACACAAUAGAGGAAAGGAUUUUGAAGCUACAGGAGAAGAAGGAACUAGUGUUUGAGGGCACCAUUGGUGGUUCUACAGAGGCUCUCGGGAAAUUGACUGAAGCUGACUUGAAAUUCUUGUUUGUCACCUAAGCAGAUGACCCCAAGAUGAUGCAAAGAGUUUUUGGUAUAUUAAGUUAUUAACUGUAUCAAAAAAGAGCUCAAAUGCAGGGCCUCGCCGAGUCUCUUAAUAUUACAUUGUCACCUGCAGUAGGUUCUUGAGAUGUAAAAUAGCUACAGCUGAAAAUUAAGGAACAAAAAUUUUGUGAGGCCUCAGUUUCAAGAGCCUCGUUCCAAGUUUC